GAAUUCUUCAUUCAGUUGCUAGCGAGCUGUCUUUCAAACUGCUCUCAGCCCUAUGGAACGUUGGCAAGGCAAAUUGGCCGUGGUCACUGGCGCUAGCGGUGGCAUUGGUGCGGCCUGUGCGCGUGCAUUGGUCACAGCAGGUCUUCGAGUGGUUGGUCUUGCACGACGUGAGGCUAAGCUGCAGGACCUAAAGAAAAGCUUACCUCCAGCCUUACAACCUCAAUUUAUUCCACGUCGCUGUGAUGUCUCUAAAGAAGAUGAAGUUAUAGCGGCCAUCGAUUGGACUGAGCGAAUGUUGGGUGGCGCGGAUGUACUGCUCAACAAUGCUGGCAUCACACGUGAAACGGAACUGGUAGCGGGCAAUAACACGGAGAAGAUACGCCAGGUAAUAGAUACCAAUGUCAUGGCCGUUUUAUGGUGCACACGUGAAGUGUUCCGAAGCAUGCUAAAGCGUGGAAACGAGGGCCAUAUUUUGGUCAUUAAUAGCAUAGCGGGACAGCAAGUGUUGAAUUUUAUCGAUGUACUACCGAGCUUUAAUAUAUACCCGGCGACUAAGUUUGCCAUAACAGCAAUGACGGAAACGUAUAGGCAAGAAUUCCAGUUGCACAGGAGUAAGGUUCGCGUGACGGGUAUUUGCCCAGGUGCCGUGAACACAAACAUAUUUCCUGACGAGAUACAAUUCUAUGUGAAACAUAUGGCGCGUUUGGAGCCGGAAAAUAUAGCCGAUGCGGUUUUGUAUGCACUGCGUACUCCCCCUCAUGUACAGAUACAUGAGAUCACUUUGAAACCAAUGGGCGAAAUAUUUUGAAUUAGUGUUACAUAUACUUGUACAUUGGUACAUUUACUUAUUCAGAAUACAGGUAAUAAUGAAAUAUAUAAAUACCAACAAAUGUUACCCCAAGUUUCGUUAAUAAAGAAGGAAUUGUGAAAUGACUAGCUGAA